GGGGCCAAGAGUGGAACCUCCCUGCAAACAGCCUGGUGCAUUCAUUCCCUGUGCCCAGCACUGUGCCCUUGCAGCAGUGCUGGGAGCCAGCCAGGAAAAUCCCAGGGAGCUGCGGGAGCCUCUGGCUGCCCCUGGCAACUCUGUUGUGCUGCCACCACCUCGGCUGUCCCGGUCCCAGCUCCUCUGCAGGCCCCUGGGCGAGGAGGAGGCACUGCCGAGAUGGACUCGGAGCUGGAGGAGCGGUUGCGAGAGGCUUUGCGGGACAAGCUGCGGCUGCUCCCGGCCGAGCUGCGCGCAGCCCGUGGCAGCAGGGCGGCAGUGCGGGGCCCGGCCACGCUGCCGCUGUCCAGCCGUGUGCUCCUGAAGCGGCGGGAGGUGGCGGAGGCGGAGCGGCAGCUGCGGGACCAGCGGCAGGAGUUCCAGCAGCGGAUGCAGAGCCUGGCGCAGCGCCGGCAGCAGCUGGCCCGGAGGCAAGAGCAGCACCGCGACGCCGUGCUCAGAUUCGACUCCUUCCUGAAGGCGGCGGCGGCCCGGCGGGAGCGGGCGCUGCGGCGGGCGGGCGAGCAGCGGGCGCGGGCGGCGGCGGAGCGAGCGGAGGCGGCCCGGCUGCGGCGGGAGCGGGAGCGGCUGCUGCGGCACCGGGAGCGCCUGGCCCGGCGCCUGCGGAGCCUCCGGCCCUUCGGGGACUACCUGCGGGACGCGCUGGCCAGCGUGGGGCAGCCGCCUCUCACCGCCCAGUUCCAGGACGUGCCGGCCAUGCUGGUGCAUUUCGGGGUGCUGGCGGGGGUGCGGGCAGCCCUGGCACGGGAGGCAGAAGCCGGGCAGGAGCAGCUGGCCCAGGGCAGGGCACAGCUCCAGCGGUACCGUCAGGACACCAGCACCCAGCUCCUGGGCACCAGGAACGAGCUGGCCCGGCUCCAUGCACGCCUGCAGGCUGCCCGCCAAGACGUGCUCCAGUGGGAGUCCUGCUGGACCCACAUCCAGAGCACAGCCAUCCAGAAGACCCUGCUGCUGGGGCAGAUCAAGCUGGCUGUGCUGAACCUCUUCCAGCAAACCACGGCACAGCUCAGGAUCCCCACGGACAGAGCACAGGAGGACACGAAGGCCCAGUUGGACAUGGCUCCCAUCUCCACAGGUGCUGCUCUGCAUGCAGGCCUUGGCUGACAUCUGUGCCACUGGCACACACCCACAGCACCACAGGAGUGCCAGGCUGCUUCGGGGCCAGGAAUAACCCCUGGGGCCACCUGCCUGCUCCUGGGGCUGGGGUGGGGCUGCCAGGGCCAGCAUGGAGCCACGGGACCCCUGUGGAUGGAGGUAAUUCCCUGCAAGUCUGGAAACCACAUGUCAAGAGGCAACAGGGACAGCAGCGGCAGAGUCACACUGGGGUGGCACCACACCCAGGCAGGGCCAGGGCACUCCCAAGGUUCCCUCCUGCACAGAGCACCCCAGGCUGGAGGACGAGGAGGAGGGAGCUGCUGUUGGCAUCUCUGAAGGUGUU